AUGCCACUGUCUUCGGCGGACAGCCAUUCGCGCUUCUCGCCAGUCUCAGUGCGGCGUCACAUCACCCAGGGAUAUUCCUUAGAGCAUCCAGACGAUAUGAUGACUGAACCUCUUCCAAAUUCUUAUUCGUCUGAUCACCAGAGUCCAACUACAUCCUCUAUAGCCUCUUUAUCUCCUUCCUCGCCGGAUCUUGCACCGGCCGUCUUACAAAAUCUUCCAUCUACAUGUACAGGCUCCAUAUCAUUUAACGGACCUGAUGGCCAAGAUAAUGAGUUGGUGCCGACAUACAACAGUGUAUUCUUCUCAGGGGAGACAGGCACUCCCUCCGAUCCUUCCGUUAAUCCGCCGGCAGACUUCCCUCGCUCAUCCCUACAAAUACCGGCCGCCGACGAUAGCUCGGUGGAGGAGGAACCCUCUAGACAUGUCGACUACCUGUCCCAUGAGUGGAUAGAGGAAGAUAUCUGGGCGUCAUGGCGUUAUGUGGUUUUGCACCGAGAGAGAUAUAAGAACAGCGUUAGACUAGAGAAUGCUUCAUGGAGAACAUGGACUAAACUGAGACACAACCUGGGCACUAUCUCCCCAGACGCUCUGAACUGGCUGAAAGAUUGUGACGUGACCUGGUUAUAUGGGCCGCUCAAAACUUCCCAUGCACGAGUGAAGCCGCUGACUGUUUCGCCCCGACCAAGCUAUUCCGAGUCACCCAGCCUCUGUCCUGACCGAAAGUCUAUCUUAAAAAAGAGGACUGCGUCAGAGACUAUCCUGCAACGCUCACUAUCGCGGCACACUCUCCUGCAACAUGUAGGCGCGAUUCUGAAAGCGCAAGAGGCUGAACGUUCUCGCAAUCGCCCAGGAAUUGGUAAUCAUCUAUCACCUUUCGAGCCGACGAUCGAGAAGCCUGGAACCCCUCGCGCUCGAUUCGCGACCAACAUUUCUCGUUCUGGCGCUGACUUGCCAAGUGAAAAACGCCACAUCCAUUUUAAUAAAGAGGUCCUGCAAUGCAUCACCGUAGAAAAGGAAGAAGAGAAGGGAUGGUUAGAGGUUGGAGGUGAGUCAUCCUGGGACGAUUCUUACAUCGUGAAGCCUGCUGCUCCCACGCCACCGCGGAGCUUCGGUGGUGAGAACAAAACAAUCGCUCGGCUUCCCCCCACUACGCUGAAACAUCAUGGUGAUGCCCCUGAGCCGCAACCCUCCUCGAUAAUGAGUUGUUGGUCUUGGAAAAAUUAUAUCCCAGGGUAUCAACAAUAUUUAUCAUCUUUUGGUGAACCAUAG